UGCUCAGACUACGACUCAGACCAGAGCUAAUCUUGCUCUCAGGGAACAAGUACCGAACAGAAAAAUCACCCGACGGUUGCCGCUGCACUUUCCUAAGGCCAAUAGCUUGGUCUCACCGCAAACACCAUUAACAUCAACAACAGCUCGGUACGACGGUAUAAGCUUUUUUUUUCCAUAAUAAGCCUUAAGUCGCAGCAGCUGAAAGAAGAAUGGGUCCUCAACAAUGUAAGGUCUGCAAUGAAGCAAAGUCCAAGUACAAAUGUCCAGCAUGUCUUAUACCAUAUUGUUCCCUUGUUUGCUUCAAGAAGCAUAAAGAAACUCCAUGUGCAACUGCUAAGCCAGUGAUGUCUGAUGAAGAACCAAAAACAUCUUUUGUAACUCCAUUUGCUGCUGCCGAAGAACCAAAAACGGCGCAUGCUAUACCUGUAUCUGGUGAUUAUAAACCAACGAUUCCUCCAAUUCUUGCAGCAAGACCACUCUUUAUCGACGAGCCAUGUGAAGUUUUGGACAAAGCUAAACUGGAAUCUAUAGCGGCUUCUUCUGAAAUUCGAGAUGCUUUGAAGAGUGAAGACAUCCAGAAGCUCAUCUGCAGCAUAGAUGGUUCUCCAAAUGCCUUGGAAGAACUUGAAAAGGCUAUGGGUGUAGAUGCAUUUCGCAUAUUCUCUGACAAGGUAUUAUCUGUAGCAAAUCCGUAGGGCGUGCGUGCGUGCGUGCAGCCACUAUGUCAGCGCAACUUUUGGCAAGUUUCUCUGUAGCAAUAUUCAGCAUGAGCUAAGUAAAAGAAAUGCGGUGCUCUUGACCAGACCGUAACUGAAUCAAAGGUGAAGAAAGAAAACUGAAUCAAAGGUGAAGAAAGAAGAACAAAUCUAGUCGAUGUGAAUUGUCAAAUCAACCCUUGAACCCUCUUUGAUGGGUCAUCUUACAAGCAAUUUAUGUGGAAGACUACUGUAUCUUUUUUUACUACUUACUAGGUAUUGACUGGUUAAUUGACAAUCAAUUAGAUCUAACAAGUUGGCCAAAACAGCAUUAUGGUGUAUUGCAAGUGUUUGUAUUGUAAUUAACCAGUAAUGUGGAA